AUGAUUUCUUGCAGAAGCAUUUCAUAAGAAUUCAGUUUGAAGGAAGAGCAUCUCACUAUAUUUAAAUCCUACAUCGGAAUAACCGCAGGGGGAAUGGAUAAAAAAGUGGCCCAAUCACUAAACAAUGUUUUUGCCACAAAUAUUCAUCAAGCAUCACAAAAUGCAGAUAAAUUAGUCUAUAAUGAUUUUGAUGUGGCCUUUGCUGUAGGAAUAGUAUUCAAACUUCUUGUUGGAUAGAAAAUUGAAUUCCUUGAUUAUUUUUGUUCAUAGUAUUCAAAAGCAAAUGAUAAAUAAAAAUAUGCCUUAGAUUUACUCAAAUAUACUGUCUAUUAACUUGAUAAAAGUGACCCAACAUUCUACCUAAACACUUUGUUAAAAAAUAAAAACAUUCCUAAUCAAUAAUUAUAACAAGGAAUCAGCUUGUCUAAGAUUUACACAUUUGUUCAUUUGUGCGAAUUGGGUGCAUUUUUCAAACCCUUUUAAGUCUCUUUCCCUAAUGUCUUUUGGUAAGGUUAUGAGAAAAUCAAUAUGAAGGAUGUGAGACCUGACAUAGAUCUUUACUUUUAUUAACCUUCUCCAUCAUUCCCAAUUCUUGUAUUAUAAUAAUAUGAUGAUGUCCAACUUUUAUAUAAGAUAUUCCAAGAAUAUUAAGUUUUCAUGACACAUAUUUCAACUUAAUUGAUUUUGGAUGCAGUUGCUCGUCAAUUAUCCGUAACUUCAGAAAACCUGAAGAGUCAACCAUACAAAGUACCCAACUUUAGAGAACUGGCAUUGAUUUUAUUUGCUGGGCAACCAUAACUAGAAGAUAAAAUAGGAAAGUUUGAGAAGAUACCUAAAAUUGGCGAAACCUUGAGUUUCUUAAUUAAUCCUUAAGCUUCAUUCGAGAUCAUCAAGAAAGAUUUGUCAUAAUAUUAAGAAUAAGAGGUUGCUAAAGAGUAGGUGGACUAAAAUUAGAAUGCAAACCAAGUCUUUGAUAUUUUUGCUACACAAAUACCAACUUCUAGUUAAGCAGUUAAUAAUUUGAGAAAGACAAUUUCAUAUUGAUUAAUAAGAUAGAUAUGUUAUCAAAUAAAGCAUAAAUUA